AGCAAAGCAACCCUUCACCAUUCUCUUCCUUCAGUCUGAUUUCAUUCAUUCAGCAAUGCUUUUUAACGUCCCAUCAUCCAUCUCUCUCUCCCAAAAAAUUCUCCAUUUUUUCUUUCUCACUCUCUAAACAAAACCCCAAAUCCAAACUAAACGCUCCUCUUCUUCCCCGUGAAAACUUAAACUCACACACACACACACACACUCACUCAUUCACAGCAACAAAACGCCACCGUUUCACACUGCAACCAAAAACUGUAAACCUUUAUUAAUUACUCUACUUACCCUAAUUUUGAAGACUUCUGGAACUUUCUCGAUCAUCAUGGAUUCAUCAUCAGCAGGAGCAUCAUCUUCAGAACCUCCAACAACUUCUCCUACGGUUACCGUAACCACCGUACAACCGGAGGGAUCUUCACCACCGCAACCACCACCACAAGCUCCACCAAGCCGUUACGAAUCUCAAAAGCGCCGUGACUGGAACACUUUCCUCCAAUAUCUACAAAACCACAAGCCACCAUUGACGCUUGCACGGUGCAGUGGCGCUCACGUGAUUGAGUUUUUGAAAUAUCUCGAUCAGUUCGGGAAGACGAAAGUUCAUGUUUCCGGAUGUCCGUAUUUCGGUCAUCCGAAUCCUCCUGCUCCCUGCGCUUGUCCUUUGAAACAGGCGUGGGGAAGCCUUGAUGCGUUGAUAGGACGACUCAGAGCGGCCUAUGAAGAAAACGGAGGCCGUCCUGAGUCGAAUCCGUUCGGCGCUAAAGCUGUGAGAAUUUACUUGAGGGAAGUGAGAGAAGGACAGGCAAAAGCUAGAGGGAUUCCUUAUGAGAAGAAGAAGAGGAAGAGGACUGCAGUGACAGUGUCUGCUGUGAGUAGUAGUGGUGGUGCUAAUGAUGAUAGCGGUGGUGGUAACGGUGGUGCAGGUGAUAACACGGUUGUUGUUGUUGGUGGUGGUACAACUACAACUUCAACUACAACUACUACAGCUAAUGCAAGUACUUCUUAGUACUGCCACCGCCACCACAGUGGAGUGAAUGUUUUUUGAAUAGUAACUCAAUGCACUAUCACUAUGGUGAAGCUAUAUAUAUGUUUAUAUAAAUCCUUAUUAUCAUUGGAACUUGUUGUAGGAAUGAACAAUUUGUCAGAAUAAAAAACUCCCAAAGCAUUUUUAAUUUUGUUUUUCUUGAUGCUGGUGUUAUUUUUUGGGUUUAAUGUUGGAGAGUGAAGGAGUGAGCUUCAUUUCUAGUUGUACCAUACCUCAUCAAUUAAUUUGUUGAAUAUUUUGAACAACGGGAAAGAAAAAUCACUGAUAUGUCUUUGUCUGAAAUUGUCAUCCUUACAAAAUGUUGUAGCUAGACUUAGAUAUAGAUAUAAUGACCCUUCCAUAAUUAUGAUUAUUAUCAUCAUAAUUAUUCAAAAUCAUGAUUAAUUUAAUUUCAUCAUCUAUGUCUAUGUUUUAGUGGUGAUGCUGCUAGUAAAAAAAAUAGAGUAACAACAGAAAACAAGUCAAAUAAGAAGACCUAAUUCUUCAAUUCUAUACUAUUCAUAUGGUCCCCAAGGGCUCUCUUUCUGAAUCUACUGGCCUCAAUCUAUCAACAAUGAUCCCAACACACACGUGCACUAUCUUAUCAUUUCUCAAAACUUUUUUCUUGUUGCACAUUCUGUUUCAGGUGCUCUUUUCUCACAUCUUGAUCAUAGAUGUUGUUUUUUGUUCUAUGAUUUUGUUUUUCAGUGUCACAAUUUUGGCUUAU